AUGGAUCCGUCGGCCUCCCGGUUCGCCGAUCCGUUGAAGGACUACGGAUUCGAUCCUUACAGUGUCGCCCAGGCCGCAGCUCACCGCGAGGUCCCUCUGGAUGAAACUUCGAUUGAAAUAUUAAACGGGCUUGUCGGUUUGACCGGCAGUUUAAACCUAUUUCCGGCUGACCCCUUUGAGGGUGUGUCUACUCCGGGGUCCUGCCGAAGCCGCCGCCUGGACUGGCUGCGGGAUCUGGGCGCCCAUUCAGGCAAUUCGGACUCAGAUGCGUACGAAGAUGUGUAUCCGGAGGAUCUCUUCGAAGGGGCCAGCUUGCAAAGCAAACUCGAAUUUUUCAUGUUCGGGCGCCACGAGUCAUCCAAUGAAUACCAUUCAUCGUAUGACAGCUGGGACAUUCCCCCUAUCCACCCCGUACGCCCGUCCUUGAAGACGCCCGGUGAUUCCGGGUUUGAGUUGAAUGCAAACUGGUACGAACGUAUCCAGUUGGCUUAUCGCAGCGCUUUGCCAAGAAGUAAAUCGCACAAGUCAUUAAACCUGCUCGGGAGCGACGCGGAACAUGAGCUUUUGCUUGAGCUCGGCAGGUUUAGCCGCGCCGCUUGCUACAAGGCAACGGCAUUGGUGCUGUCUAUUUUGCAGCACGGCUUGAGCGUGUAUUUACCUGGCUACAUGUCAGUGACGGAGGACACUUUGCCUCUGGUGAACAAGUUUUACCAGAAAAAGUUUGCUUGUGACCUGCAGUAUGUGCACGACGGCGUCGUCUACACCGUUGUAGUCGGCCCCGUAGAUGCAGACAAUGCGGUUCCGUACACUGUCGCCAAGAAAUUGUACUGCAACGACCAGAAGGGCAAGCAGGCGUUGUGCGAGGCUCUAUACAGCCGUGGCACCCAUGGCACGUUCGCGAUUCCAGUGCAGUGCAUUGUGGACUUCGCGGGUAUUAGGGUUGUGGCGGAGCCCCUGGUGCCCCUGGAAGAUUCGCCACCGGUGGACCUGGUAUCUGAACUGCUUAUGGACUGCAGGGCGCCGACGGGGGUCCUGGCUACCGACAUUUCGUCGUGCAUUCUUGCCUCGUCCGAGCUCUUCGAGUCGUUCAGGAACAUUUCAUCGUACUUACACAUGUGUUCGUGGCCAGUUCCAUUCGAUGCCUCUGACAUUUGCGGCACAUCACUGAAAGGUGACUCGGACUCGGGUGAAUGGCGCUCCAACGCCAACAACGUGCUGUGCGAUGGCGCAGUUGCCAAUGUGCAGCGUUGUGAUGGCGUGUUGCACAUCAGGCAGGCCCACGAGGUGCUGCCUCCCAUAUUGGAACGCAAUGCGACGCCCGAUCCCCUCUACUCCGUGCGUUUCCGCCCCGAGUUCUGCUUCGCCUACAACGGCAGCCUGAAGUGCACCCUGAAAUCCGCGUCGGUAUUCAGCGACGUGCAUUCGGGGGACUUGUUCUACGAGGCGUUCAAGCACUUGGUCGUGGUUCUAGAGGACUCCGUCGGUCGCUGCAACGGAUUGUUCGACUCCUGGGACCUGCGCCAGGUGUUCGCUUCGCACGGCGUCAACAUGCGCUUCUUGGGCAUGGCGUACGAGCGCGUUGUGUACAUUGGCUUGAAGAACCUCCUGGCCGCCGACAUGGUGGCGCGUGCCAUGAAGCACCUCUGGAACACCCAGUUGGAGGACUUCUUCAGCGGCAACAUGAUCGGCUGCGACGCCCUGAUGCGACGCAUGCUAAAACUGGUGAACAACGUCUUCGGGCUGUACGCUGAAUCUGCCGAAUUUUGGUCGCAGCGCAUCAUCCCUGAGGUGGCCCGCCACUUCAACCUGGUGAAGUUGGACGGGAUAUCGUACCGGGUCAUCCCGCAUUUGCUGCUGAAGAGCGCGCUCGAGUACCACCUGUGCAUCCUCCUCCCCUUCCCCAGCGAGGGCCACAGUUAUCGCAGUCCCAUAACGGCCUCCGACUUCCGCUCAGUGGACAUGCCGCCCAUUCUCGGGCAGCACAGGGCCCCGCACGAGGUACCAGAAAUGCACGUGUCGGACGCGUCGUACCACAGUGUGCUGGACGCGUUCUUCCCCAGGGUCAGCGUGGUGUACCCGCAACGCGAGCUGGCAUUGACGAAGGCGGCGUCCAGCCUAUGCGGCAAGAACGGGGACAGUGUGCUGGCGGAUCUAGUGCUCGCGACCAGCUCGUGGCAAAACGGACUGUGCAGGCAGAUCGAGGCGAGGACCUUAGGAGUGGGAUACCCGUGCGACCCGGCAUGCGUUUACAGCUCACGCCUUGCGUGCGUCAACUACCAGCAGCCCGUCACGGGAGUAAACCUGUUCUGCUUGACGCAGAGCCUCUUACAAGUGGACCCCCUCAAAAGGUCGAAGCUGCUGCUCCUCAUGGGAUACGAGUACCUGCGGCAUCGGUACAUCGAUGCGGCAUUGGAGUGCGCAAGUUACGUGGCUAAGCACUCGCCCGCGUUGUGUGCCAAGCGACUGGAAGCGCAACUGCUGGCGCUGCAGUGCCACUGCCUUAAGGCGCACGAGGCCGUGAGCACCGAUCUUUUCGAGUCGCUGCGGGACGAGGUGACGGGCGUAGAAAGCUGCCAGGGUCUCCUGUCGCUGCAAGUCUUUUUGUUCAUGGGCAUUGCGGCGUGGAUACGAAACGAAUACGAGCCGUGCGCGUCGUACGCAGCUCGUGCGCGCGCCGCUACCCUGGGCAUUUCGGGCAUCGAGGAGUACGCCUGGCUGCCGGUGGCCGUAGUGUCGUUGCUGGGGCACUGCCAAAAUGCGCUUGGGAACGGCGUGCAGGCCAUCAAAACCCAGAGGGAGGUGGUGCGAUUGUGCAACGUCGCUAAGCUGCCGCGGUUCACCCUCUGCAACCAGACGUGGUUGUUCGUUGAGUACCUGCUGCGCAACGACUCCCACGAUGAAGGGUGCGCCCUUUCCAUGGAGUGCAUCCCCAUUUUGGAGGCGGAGUUCGGUUCGCUGUCGGUCGAGUGCCUGCGCGGAUUGUACGUGUCUGCGUGGUCGAACCACCAGGUAGGGUGCGGCCACCUGCUGCACCCGUUGCUGUACCUGUCGAGUUCAGACCGGGUCAUCGACGCGAAUGCCAGUUUGGGCGGGAUCAGGGGCGCGCUGCUGUUGGAGGAGUUCUCGCUCGCGGAGAUUUGCGACCUGCGCCGCACGCACUGCGCCAACGCCUUGGGGCUGUACAACUCGCUAUAUGAGCGCCUGUGUAUGGUUAUCGCGCGCAGCCGUGUGGACAUCCUGGAAUACAUGCGCACCGUCUAUCCCGACGCCGACCUGCGGCCAGUGGAGUCCUUGCACAGGCUGACCCGUCGCCGGCUGGAGGCCGCUAUGGAGGAAGUGCCGGUUUCCGACGACGUGCUGCUGAGUGGCAUGGCCGCGGACUGCGAGAAGUUCUACGAAAAGCUGCUGCUCGUGAUCCGGAACAUGCUGACGUUGAGGCUGCUUUCGCUCAGCAGUGCGGAGUCCAUGGCCGUCGCGCAGCGCCUGUACAGCGCCUACGUGAGCCAGGUGUCCGACAAGUACAUUGCGCAAAUGUUCACGCAUGGCGACGGUGACGGCGAUGCGGCUGGCGAGGUGGCGAGGCUGGACAGCACCGUCGUUGGGAGGCUACCCGGCCGUUCGGCGGCCGCAAACGGCGUGGUGUCGCACGCAUUAUCCAUGUACGGCAACAGCCUCGACCGCCAACCGGAGAAGUUCAAUGCCUCCGUGUCGAUCAAGCAGAACAGUGUCCCGCACAGGGGCCACGAGCUACGCGCCAUAGAAGAGUUGCUGCUCAUGGCGCCAUCGACCUCAGUGGCCGAUCUGUGCGAGACUUGCCGGUUAGCGCUGCACGGCAGUUCCGAUUCCCCGUCCGAGUGGUUUGACAAGAUCUUCGACAUCGGGCCGUCGCCGCACCGGCCCUCAGAACGAUCCUUGCCGCUAUUCCUGGACGUGCUGCGGCACUUCCUGACGCCGAGCAAGCGCCUCAUCAUCCUGGGCCAGGUCGCAAACCUCAACGGCGUAGAAGUCGACGCCACCCUCACCUUCGCUGAGCUGCACGAUGCCCUCGUAGCCGCCCUCGGCGGGAACCGCCCAUCGCGUGGCGGCCCCGUUGGGACCAGGCAACAACAAACGAAGUGA